AUGGGCAAUGAUUUCUCCCCGCGAGAAAUACUUCCGGUCACUUCCGGCAGCAUGGAGAGCGAAGAAGAAACAUCAACAAGCGAAAGCCGUGGCAAAAUACGUGUGAAGGGGAAGAAGAAGAAGGGCGGUGAUGACUUGCUGGAGGUACCUGAAGGAUGGAAGGAGCCCAAGUUCCAGCAGGAUGACAAUCCACAUGGUGUUCUGGCAGAGAGCUCCUUCGCAACUCUCUUCCCAAAGUACAGGGAGAAGUACAUCAGGGAGUGUUGGCCUCUGGUGAAGAAGACACUCUCAAACUAUAACAUCAAGGCAGAGCUGGAUGUGGUUGAAGGAAGCAUGAGUGUCCGGACUACACGCAAGAUGUGGGACCCCUUCAUGAUAGUCAAGGCCCGAGACCUCAUCAAACUUCUCAGUAGGAGUGUUCCCUAUGAACAGGUAGGAACCAUGAUUGUCAAGUCCCACAACCCAGUCUGUCAUCUUUCUAGAAGAGUUCUGUAG